CACUCGAUCGCCUACGGCACGUGACGAUACGCGCGGAGUUGUAUGAGUCUGACUCUGACGGCGGCAUCAGUGGUCUCCUGGUCGUCUUGCCCAUCUUGCCCGGGCCUCGCCAGUGUGUUUUGGCUAUAGACUGCGGCAUACGAUGCGUCGCCGCCGACCGCACGCUCCCUGACUAUCUACUACACAAUCCUACCACUCGCUGGCGCUCAGCCUAGUACUGGCACUUGGACCUCGUAUCUCAAGAACGUGCUCUGAGCUUGUAUCGGGAGGUCGACGAACUACGGCAAAACUACGGUGCUUGCAGCGUGCUGAUGGCAAUCGACGAAUCAGAUCAAUACCCUGCGGGUGCUCGCAUCCUCUUCAUCGCAAGCCUCUGCACUAGAUCUAGCAACUCUCCAGCUGGCGACCACCACGCGGUCAGUACCACCGAUUGCGUACAGGUCUUCCUUCGCAUACGCACCGCCCUUCUCUACACCCUCUCCCUCUCACUCCAGCCCCAUCCCAAGUACUCCUUCCCGCCUCCCCCGGCGCACGACAGGUCGACAUGGAUCACGCGUCCUUCAUCGCGGCCUGGUAGGGAGAGCCCUCCUCCCCGACGCUCUUUUUCCCCUCCGUCGUGCUCUUCGCCGGGCUCGCACAACACCUCUCGGGCCUCGUGUGGGUCCUCAAUGGGUACGGCGUGCUGCCGGUACACGAUCCGGCGGACCUCGGCGGAGAUGGCGGCGUGGAUGGUCUUGCUGAUGAUGUUGAUGUGGGUCUCAGCGGUGGUGAGUGCGUGCGGUGCUGGCUUCCGGCUGAGGGUCUGGCGCCUUGUUCCUCGCCCAGAGAAGACGCCUCGGUCAAAUCGACAAAGCAGGGAGCCGUCCGCUAGCUCGUCCUCUGCUUGCCCCCAAACGCAUUGGAUCCCACGACAUGAUCCCCUUCGACAUCCUGCUCUCGUUCGCAAUUGAGUGCACGCUCGCCGUGGGCGGGUGGUAUGUCAAGUUCGGCUCAAGCGCAUACAAGACGGUUAAGGCCGCGGCCUACUCCUGGAUGCUCAACGUGCUGCUCGCGAUGGAGCGUGUCAGAGCGUGUCGUGGUGCGUACUCGUGCUUCAAAUUCGUCCUCCGAGUCCACGCUUCGCGUUUAGCUUCUCUGAACCGGCCGUUCGGCCGCGCCCAGGUGUACACCUGAUAGGCGAACGACGGCAAGUCCCCGUUGUAUCCCGUCUCCCGGGCCCUGAGGGAAGAAGGCGCACCAUGUAA